GCACGGAAUACCACAUUACUAUCUUCUCCCUGUGAGUGGGACUGGCACCCCAGCUACAGAUCCAGGCAGAAGUACCCCCCGAAGCAGAGACCUGGGCCUUUGCACGGCCUGCCUUCUCAGGCUCCAGGCAUGGAAGAGCUGAUAUGGGAGCAGUAUACUGUGACCCUGCAGAAGGAUUCCAAAAGAGGAUUUGGAAUUGCUGUGUCUGGAGGCAGAGAUAACCCCCACUUUGAGAAUGGAGAAACAUCCAUCGUCAUUUCUGAUGUGCUCCCUGGGGGACCUGCGGAUGGCCUGCUCCAAGAAAAUGACAGGGUGGUCAUGGUUAACGGCACCUCCAUGGAGGAUGUACCGCAUUCGUUUGCAGUUCAGCAGCUGAGAAAAAGCGGGAAGAUCGCUGCCAUUGUGGUCAAGCGGCCGCGGAAGGCCUCGGUGCACGACAGCUCGUCCCUCAGCCAUGAUGACCGGGCUUUUGAAGUGAUGGAUGAGUUUGAUGGCCGAAGUUUCCGCAGCGGGUACAGCGAGAGGAGCCACCACAGCAGCCACGAGGGGCUCAGCCGCAGCUGGGAGGACGGCCCAGACCGGGGCCGUGCCCAGCACCGCACGCGGAGCCAGAGCCGGGGCCAGGACCGCAGCCGGGAGCGCAGCCGGGGCCGCAGCCUGGAGCGCGGCCUGGACGACUAUGGGCGCAGCCGGGGCCGCAGCCUGGAGCGCGGCCUGGAUGAAGACUUCGGGUCAUCCCGGAAGAGGGACCCCAGCCGUGGCCGGAGCAUUGACCGGGACUACGAGCACACCUAUCACCGCGCCUAUGAUGCUGACUUCGAACCCUCCUACAGCCCAGCUGCUGGCGAUCGCCGCCGAGCCCAGCCCGAGGCGCGCUUCGACGGCUCCCGGAGCCGCAGCCGGGAGCACCUGCGCUCACGCAGCCCCAGCCCCGAGCCCAGGGGCCGCCUGGACCCCGACAGGCCCAUCGGGGUCCUUCUGACCAAAAACAGAGCAAAUGAAGAGUAUGGCCUCCGCCUGGGGAGUCAGAUCUUCAUCAAGGAAAUGACCAGAACGGGUCUGGCAACCAAAGACGGCAACCUUCAUGAAGGAGACAUUAUUCUCAAGAUCAAUGGGACUGUCACUGAGAACAUAUCUUUAACGGAUGCUCGAAAACUGAUAGAAAAAUCCAGAGGGAAACUUCAGCUGGUGGUGUUGAGAGACAGCAAGCAGACUCUAAUCAACAUCCCCUCACUAAAUGACAGUGACUCAGAAAUAGAAGAUAUCUCAGAGAUAGAGUCAAACCGAUCCUUUUCUCCAGAGGAGAGACGUCACCAGUAUUCUGAUUAUGAUUAUCAUUCUUCCAAUGAGAAGCUGAAGGAAAAGCCGAGUUCAAGGGAGGACACACCAAACAGAUUGUCCAAGAUGGGAGCCACUCCCACCCCGUUCAAGUCUGUGGGGGACAUCACAGCUGCUGUUGCUGCGGAGAAUAACAAGGAAUCCAGAUACCAAGAGGAGCCCCCAAUUCCUCAACCCAGAGCAGCCCCAAGAACUUUCCUUCGGCCUAGUCCUGAAGAUGAAGCAAUAUAUGGCCCCAACACCAAGAUGGUGAGGUUCAAGAAGGGAGAAAGUGUGGGCCUGCGGCUGGCUGGCGGCAACGACGUGGGGAUAUUUGUGGCUGGCAUUCAGGAGGGAACCUCAGCAGAGCAGGAAGGCCUUCAAGAAGGAGACCAGAUUCUGAAGGUAAACACACAGGACUUCAGAGGGCUGGUACGGGAGGAUGCUGUUCUCUACCUGUUAGAAAUCCCCAAAGGUGAAAUGGUGAGCAUCCUGGCUCAGAGCCGCGCUGAUGUGUAUAGAGACAUCCUGGCCUGUGGCAGAGGAGACUCGUUUUUCAUAAGAAGCCACUUUGAGUGUGAGAAGGAGACUCCACAGAGCUUGGCCUUCACCAGGGGGGAGAUCUUCCGUGUGGUGGACACCCUGUAUGACGGCAAGCUGGGCUACUGGCUGGCCGUGAGGAUUGGAAAUGAACUGGAGAAAGGCUUAAUCCCCAACAAAAGCCGAGCGGAACAAAUGGCUAGUGUCCAGAAUGCCCAGAAAGACAAUGCUGGGGACAGGGCCGACUUCUGGAGGAUGCGUGGCCAGAGGUCGGGGGUGAAGAAGAACCUGAGAAAGAGUCGGGAAGACUUAACAGCUCUCGUGUCUGUGAGCACCAAAUUCCCAGCUUACGAGAGGGUAUUGUUGAGAGAAGCUGGUUUCAAGAGACCGGUGGUCCUUUUUGGCCCCAUUGCUGAUAUAGCCAUGGAGAAGUUGGCAAAUGAGUUACCAGACUUCUUCCAAACUGCUAAGACGGAACCGAAAGAUGCAGGAUCUGAGAAACCUAAUGGAGUUGUUCGAUUAAAUACCGUGAGGCAAAUAAUUGAGCAGGACAAGCAUGCACUCCUGGACGUGACUCCCAAAGCUGUGGACCUGCUGAAUUACACCCAGUGGUUCCCGAUUGUGAUUUUUUUCAACCCAGACUCCAGACAAGGUGUCAAGGCCAUGAGACAGAGGUUGAACCCAACGUCCAACAAAAGUUCACGGAAGCUAUUUGAUCAGGCCAACAAGCUCAAAAAGACCUGCGCCCAUCUUUUUACAGCCACCAUCAAUUUAAAUUCGGCCAAUGACAGCUGGUUUGGCAGCUUGAAGGACACUAUUGAGCAUCAGCAGGGAGAAGCAGUUUGGGUCUCUGAAGGAAAGAUGGAAGGGAUGGAUGAUGAUCCUGAAGAUCGCAUGUCCUACUUAACCGCCAUGGGCGCGGACUAUCUGAGUUGCGACAGCCGUCUCAUCAGUGACUUUGAAGACACCGACGGCGAGGGAGGCGCCUACACUGACAAUGAGCUGGAUGAGCCAGCGGAGGAGCCGCUGGUGUCUUCCAUCACCCGCUCCUCUGAGCCGGUGCAGCAUGAGGAGAGCAUAAGGAAACCCAGCCCAGAGCCACGAGCUCAGAUGUGGAGGGCUGCUAGCAGAGAUCAACUUAGGGACAAUAGCCCACCUCCGGCAUUCAAGCCAGAGCCGCCCAAGGCUAAAAGCCAUAACAGAGAAGAUUCUUAUGACUUCUCCAAAUCCCAGGAAUACAAGCCAAACUUCGCAGCUGGGAAUGAAGUUCUCACGUCUACCAAAAGUUGCCCUCCCCCAGUCGCAGCGAAACCGGCCUUUGGUCGACCUGUCCUGAAGCCUUCCACUCCCGUCCCUUCCCCUGAGGGCGGAGAGGCAGAGGAGAGUAAUGACGAGCAAGAAAACACUCCCAAAUCAGUCCUGGGCAAAGUCAAAAUAUUUGAGAAGAUGGACCACAAGGCCAGGCUGCAGAGAAUGCAGGAGCUCCAAGAAGCCCAGAAUGCCAGGCUGGAAAUUGCUCAGAAACAUCCGGAUAUCUAUGCGGUUCCGAUCAAAGGGCCCAAGCCAGAAGCCGGCCUGCCCAACUACAUGAGUUCCAGACCCCCUGAGCCACAGAAAGGACCCUCCAGGCUUUACCAGGACACCCGGGGAAGUUUUGGCAGUGACCCCGAGGAGCAAUAUCGCCAGCAGCUGGCUGACCAAACAAAACGGGGUUACUACAACUCGCCCUCCAGGUACCGAGACACCGAAUUAUAGAUGGGGUACCAUGGACAUUCGUGUGGCAUCCGAUGGACAUUCCUUCCUGUGAGGCCUCCCGAGGAGAACUUCUCCAGUUCAAGGGCACUGUGGAGAUGGGACGGGGCUAACUGUAGGCGCUGUUGAUGCCACUGGGAUAGCGCAGUUUGUUACAACAUGGCUCUGUGUGUGUGUGUGUAUGUGCAUGUGUCUGUGCGCACGUGCGCGUGCACACGGCGGGGAAGCUCAGAAUUAAGAACACCAGCACAGUCUGAUACUGUCACUGACUUGGCUUCUGUGGACCAAAAUCUGUAUUAAUCCUUUGUGAAUUUUUAAAUAUGUAUAUUAAGGAGCAAUAACUUCUUCCUCAUUCACGGCUGCCUUCUAGCGCUGUUUCACUGUGAGGCAGAUGUGAAAAGAGAAAUUAAAAAACAAACUGUUGGAUUCAGAUUGUUUAAAGAAGUAUUUUAUGACAACUCUCUUAAGUGCCUUUGAUGCGAAGUGUCUUUAAAUUCUCUUCCUUUGAAGCUCUAUGCAAAGCCAUAGUGGACUAAAACUUUAUUUUGACUAAAUUUUGAUACCAGUUUAAUAGCUGUGUUUCCCCCCUGCCCCGCAUCCUCUUCAAAGCAUUUGUCUUUGUGAUAUUUUCCGUAAAUUUUGAUUGUACCCAGAAGAGUUGUACUUGGUAAGUCUGGCUGCGAGUGCUAAUAAAAAAGCAGACCACUAGCAGACCCAGAAAAUAGGGAGAUUUUUGGUGUUGUUUGUUUAAAACAAUAUUCUAUCCCAAAGCUGAUACUUGAGAAAAAUGUAUUUUAUUUCCACAAGUGUAUGGAUCUACAGCAGUUUUAUAAUUUAAUAAACGGAGUACCUUGCA